CCUGUCUCCAUCGCUCAGGACAUGAAAGAAAGAGCGCAAGAGAAAGAGAAGGAGAGAAGGAGAGAGGCAUCACAGAGCUCAGAGUGAGUGUGGGACAGAAAUCAGACCAGCGACAGACCAGACAAACAGACAGAGACUAAAGCCCCACAGGCAGCAGGGGUUGUUUUCUUUUUACAUUAGAUCAAGAGUCAUCGGAAUAGAGACACUGGAAUAGGCGCUCUUAUUUUCUCAUCCUCCUCAACAAGUUCACCGGCAGAAGACUGACAAUCAAGCCAGCCACCCAGCCAGCUAUCCUCUCCUCAGUCAUCCAUCCUUCUUCAUUGGUUCAUUCUUGUGAAAGCCUUUGGAGACCGUGGGUUUCCUGGGGGUUGUCACUAAUCCUCAGUGACAGCACAAAACAGGGCAGAGUGUGUCCAACAGGGCAGAGCAAGCAGGCAGACAGGCAGAACAGGCAGAGCAGGCAAAGCAGACAGGUGUGAGCUCCAGAACAAGCAUGGCAGUCCCCGUGGCAGGGUGCUCCUCGGUGGGGCUAGCGGUGAUGAUGACGGUGAUGCUGAUGACCCUGGGCACGGACAAUGGAGCGGAGGCAUGCAGCUGCAUCCCGGCCCACCCCCAGCAACACUUCUGCUACUCAGACGUGGUAAUACGGGCAAAGAUAUCCGGGGAGAAGAUUGUGUCUCCAAACAAUAUGUCCUCCCCCUUGAUGAAGAUGGUCCAGUAUGAAAUUAAACUGAUUAAGAUAUUUAAAGGGUUUGACAAAGUUAAGGACCUCCAGUACGUCUACACUCCUCUCUACUCUUCACUUUGUGGAGUCAAGCUGGAUUCCAACAACAAAAUCCAGUACUUGUUGUCAGGACACAUCCGUCGAGAUGGGAAGGUGAACAUUGGACUCUGUGACUUCACAGAGCCGUGGGACAACUUGUCACUGACCCAACGCAAGAACCUCAACUACAGAUACCAGAUGGGUUGUGAUUGCAAAAUCGCUCCCUGCUACACAGUGCCCUGUGCCUCAACGGCGGAUAACGAGUGCUUGUGGACUGACUGGGUGUUGGACAACAGCCUGAGCGGGGAACAGGCUCGGCAGCACGCAUGCAUAAAGCGCAGCGAUGGCUCCUGUGCCUGGUACCAGGGCACCCCUCCGCCAGAAGCAGACCUUCUAGACCCAACCGACCCCUGAGCAGAACCUGACCAAACCUGAGACAAUGCACACCUGCUCCACCUGAGAAGGACCUGUUGGAUCCAAACGAACCCUGAGAAGAGCUUCCUUGACCCAACUGACCCCUGAGAGGAGCCGAACAAAACACGAGACAAAAAACACAGACACAGACACAGACACAGACACACACACACACACACACACACACACACACACACACACACACACACACACACACACACACACACACACACACACACACACACACACACCUGAUUGACGCCUGAGCUACCUGAGAAGGAGUUGUUGGAUCCGACUGACCCCAUGAUACCAUGAUACACAUUGGCUCUGACUCUGGAGAGGAAGGUCUUUGACCCUCUUUGAUCCACGGACCCAACCAGUGCCCCAAACACACCUGCUCAACCCUUGAGAUAAAGCUGCUGCACCCCUUUGAUUGUUGAGAAGGACUUCCUUGACCACCUCCCCAAUUGACAAGUGAGAAUCUCCUGCUUCACCCAAUAGAAUCCCGAGACACAACUGCACAAACUGACAAUAACUUGGGGUGAAAAAACAGAGCCAGAAUGCCCCAUCUUCCACAUGUAGAAGCUCACUUACUCCAACCUAUCAAAUCAUUAAGAAUAUUUACUUGCACCAGUCAUGAGACACCCAAAAUUGAACGGGGAUGAGAGGCAUCUAUUGUCAAAUCUGUCUUUAUCAUAAAUACUCUACAGGACUCAACCAGUCAACAAUACCCUAAGACAUAGCAAUGAGACAAUACAAACUUUCCAACCGCAAUGGUUACAAUCAGGUUAGGAAAUGAAGGCGCACAUUGCAUGGAUCUUUUUAAGUUUAAUUUUCUGUAGUACUUUUCAAUAUAAUACAAGUACAAAAUGAGCAAAAUAAACCAAUGUCAAAGAUCCAAUAAUAUUUUAAGA